CUUACUGGGUAAAAAACACCAAACGUUGGAAGGAGAUGACUCUCAUCAAUAGCAGUGGGAUUUAAUUUCCAAGCCCUCUCUCUUGCUCAGAUUUGGGGGGGUUACAUGAGUCUGCUUUUGGUAUUUCAUCCUGUGCCACAAUGUUUGCCAACCCUGUGACUUCCACUCCAUUUUCUGUCAAAGACAUUUUGAACUUGGAGCAACAUCAGACUGGCCUGCCUGCCAUGGACAUAUCUCCAAGACUGGACUCUUCUUCUUGCAUGCUCUCCAACUUCAAACAGGAGUCCUACCCUGCCACCCCUUGUCUGUCUGAUCUGAGUGAGGACAUGUCCCACAGAAGCACCUCCAAAGCCUCCUCACCUUUUCCUGGCUCAUUUUUUGUCAAGAAUUAUAUGGAAAUGGAUCCUCUUAAAGACCCCAAGGAAGACAAGAAAGAUCUAUGCCCCUUGCAAAAAAAUAGAGAUAACGACAAGAGAGAUUUGGAUGAUCCCGACAGACCAAGGCAAAGGAAGAGGAGGAAGCCUCGAGUUCUGUUUUCCCAAGCACAGGUAUAUGAACUGGAAAGAAGAUUCAAACAACAAAAGUACCUAUCGGCCCCAGAGAGAGACCACUUAGCCAAUGUCCUGAAGUUGACAUCCACACAGGUGAAAAUCUGGUUUCAGAACAGAAGGUACAAAUGCAAAAGGCAGAGGCAAGAUCAGACUUUGGAGAUGGUGGGUCUUCCACCACCAAGGAGGAUAGCUGUCCCUGUGUUGGUGAGAGACGGGAAACCAUGCUUAGGAGAGUCGUCUCCUUACAAUUCUCCAUAUAAUGUCAGCAUCAACCCUUACAGUUACAAUACCUAUCCGCCAUACUCUAAUUACAGUAACCCAGCCUGCAGCAGUAGCUACAGUUGCAGCUAUUCGACCAUGCCAAACAUGCAGCCUAGUUCUGCUGGUAAUAACUUCAUGAAUUUCAGUGUCGGGGACCUAAACACAGUGCAGACUCCAAUUCAGCAAACCAGUGGUGUGUCCGCACUUCAUGGUAUCCGAGCCUGGUAGGACCAGGCCUCGUAACCUCAGAAAGCACUCAAUAAAUUAUAGUGGCAUUGACUACAAAGAUUGGAAAAGAAUUGCAGAUACUUGGUGGUACAACAGAGACGUUCUGCACUCAACUAUGACUAGAUGUGACUUAUUGGUACUAGAGAUGCGUGUUUGAAAAAAAAAUGAGAAUGCCCAGAACUUGUUGGUCUACAGGAGAUAUCUACAGAAGAUACACCUCUCAUCCAGGGGAGUUUAUUAUACAUAUCUAUAUAUUUUUUUUUUGUUCAUGUCAUGUAGUGUUCAGACUUUAAGCACCAUCAAAAGGUAUUUACAGAUUACCUAAGUGUGUCCUUUUUAUGUAUUUAACCCUUUCACCACAGGAUUAUCCCUUUGAAUGUCAUGGCGGCUGUUCUAGCACAUGACCGUGGCACUCAAAGGCUUAACCACCCAUGCAACUUAAACACAAGGGAUUGUGUUGACUACUACUGGGGGAAUUAUUUAAAUGUGGAGUUUCAAACAAUAAAGAAAAGAUAUUUGUA